GCCGAGCGUGGCCACGCCCCUUACGUCGGGACGCUCAGUCGGCCUCGGGAGGCGCAGCAUUCGCCGCCUUAGAAGGAAGGAGGUCCGUUGUGUGAGGAAGCUGCUAUGGUGCUGAGUUCCUGGGUAGAGUCGACCGAGCCGAGGCGGUCGCGGCCAUGAAGGCGGGUGCUACUUCUAUGUGGGCUUCAUGUUGUGGGCUGCUGAAUGAAGUCAUGGGAACUGGAGCUGUCAGAGGUCAGCAGGCAGGAUUUCCAGGAAGCACUGGCCCAUUCAGAUUUACAACAAGCUCUGACUUUCCCACCUACCCACCAGCAGCUACUGAAGGGCCCAAUAUAGUUUGCAAAGCAUGUGGACUUUCAUUUUCAGUCUUUAGAAAAAAGCAUGUCUGCUGUGACUGCAAGAAGGACUUUUGCUCCUUUUGCUCGGUUUCACAAGAAAACCUCCGCAGAUGUUCUACUUGUCACCUACUACAAGAGACAGCCUUCCAGCGCCCUCAGUUGAUGCGACUGAAAGUGAAGGACCUACGGCAGUAUCUCCUCCUCAGAAAUAUAUCGACUGACACGUGUCGGGAGAAGGAAGACUUGGUAGAUCUAGUACUGUGCCAUCGUGGACUACGCUCAGGGGAUGACCUGGACUCUAGCAGCCUCAAUUCCUCACGCUCCCAGACUUCUAGUUUUUUUUCACAAUCCUUUUUUUCAAAUUACACAGCCCCCACUGCUACUGUUUCCUCCUUCCAGGGAGAGCUCAUGGACAGAGAUGGGGCCUUCAGAUCAGAAGUUCUGGCACAGGUUCAAAGCGAGAUAGCUUCAGCAAACACAGAUGAUGAUGAUGAUGAUAAUGAUGAUGAUGAUGAUGAAGAAGAUGAAGAUGAUGAACAAGAAGAAGAAAACUUGGGGGAGCAGAACCCAGGGCUCUCCAAGAAGAAAGUGAGAGCCUCACUAUCUGACCUGUCUAGCCUUGAAGAGGUAGAAGGCAUGAGUGUGCGCCAGCUGAAGGAAAUCCUGGCUCGGAAUUUUGUCAACUAUUCUGGUUGUUGUGAAAAAUGGGAACUGAUAGAAAAAGUUAACCGGCUAUACAAAGAGAAUGAAGAAAACCAAAAGUCAUAUGGUGAGCGGAUGCAGCUUCAGGAUGAGGAAGAUGACAGCCUGUGCCGAAUCUGCAUGGAUGCAGUCAUUGACUGUGUCCUGCUGGAGUGUGGGCACAUGGUCACCUGCACCAAGUGUGGCAAGCGCAUGAGUGAGUGUCCCAUCUGUCGGCAGUAUGUUGUGCGAGCUGUGCAUGUUUUCAAGUCCUGAAAUUGAGGCCCCCUGAGUGAGACACUCCUGCGACUCUACCCCAAACUUGAGUGCAUAAAAGGGACUGGAAAUUUACUGUUCCAAGGCAGAAGCUAUUUUUAAAAAUUAUUUUCAUUACUGACUGGGACAGAAAGUUCAACCUAAGUUGAAGAAACCUGGGCUGUGUGGUUCAUAGGCCUGCCUGCUGGCUUUCCCAGCUUCUGCUGGGUUUUAUCACUUGUCUCCCUGAGCACGAGUUGCUGAAGUCAGACUAUUCAGUGUGGAUAUUUGCUCUUACUCUACGGAGGCCACUCACCUUGUCUCUUUUAUUUCCUCAUUUACCCUGUGUUUGAAACUUACUUUCUUUGACAUUAACUCACGAUUCACAAUGGGCUAGUGUGGACUGUACUGAGCAAUGGCUGCUCUGAAUGUUCACUUUAGUCACUAUUUUAAAUGCUAAUAUUUAAUGAGUGUAAGUUCCCAUACUGUUGCUAUCUCUCUGCAUUUAAACAUAAUUGGGAGACAACUGAUAUUCUAUAGUCAACUGCCAGGGCCUCAGAUAAACAUGUCCUUUUUUUGUUCAGGUACAGCUUUUAAUAGCAAGGGCUGCAUCCAGUUUAUCUUAGAAGUAUGCGUGUGUGUGUGUUGUAAAUUCUUUAUUAACAUGUAAUUAAUUUACACUUUUGUAUAUAGUGAAGGUGGAUUUUUAGUGCUAUCUGCUAGUAAUUUCAACUUUAGGAAUAAAAUUAGAUUAAAAGGC